AUGGCCGCCCAGGAUUCUUCGGCCAAAUUCGCCCGUUUCGCGCCACCAUCUUUCAAUUACCCAAACACGAGCCUCCCUCAAUCUCACCUUUGCACCCUCGAACCAAGGAAAGAUCGAACCGGCACCUGCAAGGCUGCAACCCCUGCUUUUGCCGCUCGCUGCGCCGCCAUGCUCACCGAGCCGCCACUGGCACCCUCACCGAGGGCAGCCCCACUCACACCUUCUCAGGACGAUUCGACGAGAGCACAGGGUCCUAGGUUGCCCCCUGAAGCUCACAGGACACUCAAGUGGCCGAAUCGGACACCGACCCGCUGUUUCCCCUCGCGCGCCGACGAGUACGAGCUGGGCCGUCGCCGCCCAUGCCGCCAUCCGACGUCUGUGCCUUCCGACUCGUCGAGAACCAGAGCAAGUGAUGCGCCUCGCCCAGCUGAGGCUGCAGGUGCGACCCUUGUCGCCGGAGAACCCACCACCGGCGAGAUCGACCGCCGAGUCGUACCUCUAUAUGGUAUUGACCGACCACUAUGA